AUCAACAAUGAGAAGCGAAACACGAAAAAUUUCCAUUUAUAUAUGACGUCAUAGCGUCCAGUUGGAAACGUCGCGCGCGGUUUCCUCUCAUUGUGUGUUCGAAAAAGCGAAAUACUUUGUACCUUGUCAUGCACCUGUAAUACACCGUUGGUGUAUACCAAUACAACCAGAAAUCGUCCACCACUUAUCUCACACAAAAAUAAAAGACUCCGUCGGUCAGUACACUACUCAAAAAAAAUAUCCUUUUUCUUAAUGCAUUCAGCCAGAGUGAAUAACUUGAAGUUAUUUUAAUAAAAUUCGCUACCUCAAAUUGGAAAUCAUAAAAAAAUUAAUUUUGAUAAUUUUGGGAAGGAGUAUUGGUCAAUAAAUGUGCCUGAUUCACAUCAGUUUAUCAGUUUGGGACAACCAACGAUUUCAGUGUUAAAUUUUUGAAUGGAAAAUUUUUUUGUGGAAAAAGUGCUCAAGUUAAAUUUAGGACUUAAGACCAUCGAAUAAAGGAAAAAUCAAUGUGACUAAAGUCAAAAUAAAAUUUUUAGUGAUACAGUGACCGCUCAUCUAACAUGCUCAUCAACUUGUAAUUAUCAGAAAAUAAUCAAGAAAGAAAAUUCGACAAAUUCGUCCUAAUCGUCAUUCGAUGCUCAGGAUAAAGGAGAAAAAUUUUGGAUAGACAUUUUUACGGAUAUUAAAAUGAAGUUAAAAUGAAAAACCUUUCAGGCAUGGAUUAUGUAUAUUUGAAUUACGCAAAUGACAACGACUCAAACGACAAUGAUGAUGGCACUGAUAAUAGUAAAAUAGUGAACAGCUUGAGUCCAUCAUUAAGCCCAUCCGACAAUUCAGUUGAAGGAAAUCACAAUGUUGAAGACGGUGAAAUCGAUGAUGACAUGGAUGACAAUGGAUCCGAACAAGAAUUGACCAAUUUGGGCUGGCUGACUGAUUUGAAAAAAUUGGCAAGCUGGCCGGAUAUUGUAGCUGGAGGAACUGUUGACGAUGAUGACAUCAUUGAGCCGAUAUCGGACAAGAAUUUGAGUGAGGAAAGAUUCAAAAAGUUUAUGAUUCAAGUGAAACAGAGCCAACAGAUUUAUUUAGAUCGGGAAGAUUUGUAUCGUCAUAAUGAGCACGAGAAACCGCCAUUCAACUAUGCUCAGAUAAUCGCAAUGGCAAUGAUGGACUGUGGUAAAAUGACUCUCAAAGACAUUUGCAAAUGGAUUCAAGAUCGUUUCGCCUACUUUCGGUGCAAUGAUAAUUGGAAUAAUUCGAUUCGACACAAUUUGUCGUUGCAUUUUUGUUUCACCAAAAUUGCCCGAGGAAAAAACGAAAAAGGAAAGGGCGGUUACUGGGAGCUCAGCAUGAAUACAUCGAAAAGUGAGCGAAAACGGAUCCGAAACCGGCGAAAAAGGUUCCUCAACGAUAAUAACUCCAAUGCAUCAUCUACAGUGGCCAAAUACCAUCCACGAAAAUUCAAAAAAUCUUCAAAGGCUACGAAUGUGAUUCCGGAAAUAGUCAGUAAUGUGAACGACAACAAUGCCAUCGGUUCGCAACCGAUAGCAUGUGGAAAUAUGGAAAAUUGUGUAGAAUUAGACGUGCAAGAGUUGAUAAGCGAUGGCGAAAUUGUGGUGCGAACAGAACCGAUUCAGUUCGUGUUGGAUCCGAAUGAUAUAUCUUUCAAUGCGACAAUUGUCACCACAACAGCUGAUUUACAAGAGUAUGAAGAGCGAAGCGUGAUUAAUGAUGGAUCUAAUGAGAUCUUUCUGGGAUGCGACAUUCCCCUGUCGGGAGACUGUGUCAUCAUACCAUACAAUUGUCAACCGAACACAAACCAAGCGACCGAUGACGAUCUCAUAACAUCGACCAUUCACAGCACCUAUCUGUCAUCAACGGGAACUCAACAAAAUGGACCAAACGUAAUUGUUGAACCGAUGCCAUACACUCUGUCCGAAAUGGACACGGUGCUUGAUAUUGAACGGGAACUGAGCAAUUUUGUCGACAUUCCGGAUUCGGCUGAACUGGUUGAGAAUGGGUAUUUUGACUAUACAAACUGGUAAACGUCACAGUUUGGUGGGAGUGGAAAAUUUAUUUGAUAGAAAGUGAAUCUAGUCCGUCCGAGAAAGAAACUAUGUGAAAAAUUAAAAUUAUUUAUAAAUCUAGCAAUAAGCAUAAUAGACGACAAAGCCUUAUUAUACACUUCAGCAUUGUACAUUGAAAGAGAAUAGCAAUUGAGAACAACUUUGAAUGUAAUGUUUUAGUCUGGUGGAGUAAUAACGCGGAUGACAUUGAAUCUCUUUCUAUAUUUAGAAUUUAUGACUAAACAAUUCAUUAAACCAUUGGACAGAAGCAAUUUUAAAAAGAAAUACUAAAAAUUUACAAAAAUGUUUUUGAAACUAUUGUACGUGUGGUUGUAACUUGAUAUUAUUUGAUUAUCUGAUUCGGCUCAUGAACAUUUUAUUUAUUGCUCAAAACAGAAAAUUAUUUGAAAAAUAAAGAAAAUUACUAACAAAAAAUUACGUGAGUAACA